CCCAUCAAAUCCUCUGCUCUCACCUUCUAUCUCUCAUUAGCCCACUCAAUUGAGCUCGAAUUCAUCUUCCAUGGCUUCCUCUGUUCUCGUUUUCGUUCUAGUUGUCUCUUUGCUAUCCAAUUCAGAAGCAAGGAGACUCUCUGAGUCCGAUCAAAGCCAGCAAUUAGCCUUCCAAUAUCACAAUGGCCCUCUUCUCACUGGUCCAAUCUCUGUCAACUUGAUAUGGUAUGGGAAAUUCAAGCCUUCUCAACGUGCAAUCGUCUCCGAUUUCAUUUCCUCCUUGGGCUCCUCUGCCAAGCCCGCCGUAGCUCAUCCUUCCGUGGCCACAUGGUGGAAAGGCAUAGAGAAAUACUACCAGUUGGGAAAGACAAAGAAGCAUUCUUCUCUCUCUCUUUCACUGGGUGAACAGAUUAUUGAUGACAAAUACUCUUUGGGGAAAUCGCUCACGAACAAGCAAAUUAUACAAUUGGCAUCAAAGGGUGCCCAGAAAUAUGCUAUUAAUGUUGUGUUGACGGCGGCUGAUGUAGCGGUUGAAGGGUUCUGCUCGAGCAGGUGCGGGACUCAUGGGUCUGCUUUGGGUGCAAGCAAAGUGGGUCACAUUAAGGGGAAACAAUCCAAGUUUGCUUACAUGUGGGUGGGUAACUCGGAGACUCAGUGUCCAGGCCAAUGCGCUUGGCCAUUCCACCAGCCCAUCUACGGACCACAGAACCCACCAUUGGUUGCACCCAAUAACGACGUGGGCGUCGACGGUAUGGUGAUCAAUUUGGCUAGUCUCUUGGCCGGAACCACCACAAACCCCUUUGGAAAUGGGUACUAUCAAGGACCGAAAGAGGCUCCACUUGAGGCUGCAUCCGCUUGCCCCGGUAUCUAUGGCAAAGGGGCAUAUCCGGGUUACGCCGGCGACCUAUUGGUGGACUCUACUACGGGUGCAAGCUACAAUGCAAAUGGUAUCAACGGACGAAAGUACCUACUUCCUGCCCUGUUUGACCCUGCAACCUCAUCUUGUUCCACUCUCGUCUGAAAGACAUCAAAAAGUCAAAACUACCUGCGUAUAUAAUACCAUUGUAUUAAAUAUUAUCCAAAUUCCUACCAUGGUUAUGUAUAAGAUUCUUUGAUUCUAUUAUUCAUCAUUAAAAAAAAAUACAUGAGUUUUCUCCUA